AUGAAGGGACAACAACCUCCUCUUAGGUUGGUUCAUAGUUACGUACCAUACGAAAUUCCUAAAAAUUCUUAUAGUUCGAAAAAAGCCAAAACCACUGAAACCCCGAAAAAUUCAACCAUGGGAAGUACAGAAGAAACAAGAAAAAAUCAAUCUACUCAACCGUCUAUGUUAAAUGUGAAUAAAGAUAAAGUACAUGUGGAGAUUAAUGAUGAUCUCCCCAAUAAGGAAUUGAGUGAUAAAUCUCCAAUUGAUCAAGAUUUUCAGAAGAAAGGGCCAGAUGGAUCUGCAGAUCUGAUGGCUAAGCCACUACCAGAAAUAGUAAUGGAUGAUCCUGAAAUUACGCCAAUAACUAUCAAUAAACUAGUUUCGCUUAAGGCGCAAUGUCUUUUACCUGAAGAGGAAGGCAGUGCAGCUUUUUGUAAUUUCAUUAUUAGAACGGUCAAAUCAAAAGUAGACGUAACCUUGGUCAUACAAGAAAAGAAAACAAAUAAGGAUGGUCAGAAGAAUCACGUGAUUUCCGUAAAGGUUGGUACGAACGAAGAUAUGAAAACCUUAGAAGAUUUAAACUUUAAUAUGCCGAAAGAAGGAGAAGAAGCUGUUAAUUAUAGGUUUACACCGAUUGAAGAUUAUUAUGAAAAAAGAAAACAAAUCAGGCAAGAACAUGAAAAUCGUACAAUUAAAGUUUUUAACAUUCCCAUUACUAUGGAAAAUGCGACCUUGAGAGCCGUAUUCAAUUGAUAUGGUGAUGUUGAAGAAGAUGGAAUCAGUACAAGACUCAAAGGAAUAUACCGACAAGUGUUUAUAA